UUCCGAGAAUUGAGCCGUGUUGAUUCUUAGAACUGGCGUUCUUAGAAGUGGUGAUGCAAGGAGUUUCUAGGAAAGCGCGCCGACCAGGUCCGAAAAUACCGUUGGGACUGUGAAUCGAAGCCUGAGGGAUGGUCUUGCCAUCCCAUGUUUUGCCAGCCACGUCGCCAAUCCGUGGAAUAUUUCAUUAGACGCAGCUGGGAACCGUAUUCAGGACACGACCAAGAUGGCCUCGCCGGCGGACAGCUGUAUCCAGUUCACCCGGCAUGCCAGCGACGUCCUGCUGAAUCUCAACCGCCUUCGGAGCAGGGACGUCCUCACCGACGUGGUCAUUAUCGUCAGCCAGGAGCAAUUCCGGGCCCACAAAACAGUCCUGAUGGCCUGCAGUGGCCUUUUCUACAGCAUCUUCACCGACCAGCUCAAGUGCAAUCUGUCUGUCCUGAAUUUAGACCCGGAGAUCAGUCCUGAAGGAUUCGGGAUCCUCCUGGAUUUUAUGUACACCUCUCGUCUCAACCUACGGGAAAGUAACAUCCUGGCGGUGAUGGCCACGGCCCUCUACCUGCAGAUGGAACACGUGGUGGACACCUGCCGGAGGCUCCUGAACUCCAGUGAAACGGAAAUGGUCUCGGCUGCCAAGACCUCCCGAGAAGACUUUUUAGCCAACCAGAUGCUCAGCCAACCAAAUAUGAUGGCUUACAGGAGCCGAGAUAUCUCGGAAAGCAGCUUACCUCUUCGGAACGGUCCCGUUUGCGACGGGAGAGCCUUCAUGCCCGGUUUGUACAACAGCAUGUCGGGAUCCCCCAUUUCCUACACUAGCUACAACACUGUGCCCAUCGGCGGGUAUCUCUACUCGGACGAAGAACUACGAGACGCAAGGAUGUCCAUCUCAGAGGCGUCAAGAGGGCACCCCUUUUCACGAGAACGCGCGGCACCGUGCAGCGCGUCUCGGAGUAGCGCCUCCGAGUUUACCAGGGCGGUGGCUAAUCUCUCGCCCAGCCUAUGCCGCCCCGCUGUCUACUCUCCAAAGGAAGAGACGGACAAGGAGAACAAAACUGAUGUCCGCUACAGCCCCGCUACGGGUCCUGACCCUGCACCCUCUCUGACUCACAACAAUGCCUAUUUUGGGUGCAACAAAAUAAGCAAGGAAGAAGAGAGGCCGACUGCCGAAGCCAAGAGGGCCCAGCGCUUCGAGCCCACCAAUGCGCCCAUGAACCGGAAAGUGGUGACCAGCCCUCAGAGCCCCCAAAAGUCGGACUGCCAACCCAACUCGCCAACCGAGUCCAGCAGCAGUAAGAACGCCUGUAUCGGCCCGAGCGUGACUUCGGCAAAGAGUCCCACCGAUCCCAAGGCAUGCAACUGGAAGAAGUACAAAUUUAUCGUGCUCAAUUCACUUAACCAGAACGCCAAGGAGGAUGUGCCGGAACACACCGAGGCUGGGACGCUCUCCCCGCGGCCGUACCCCCCCUCGUUGACGUGUCAGCAGUCCCUGGAGCCCGAGAACAUGGAUGUGCAGUCCCCAACCAAGCUCAACAUCAAUGGGGAAGACUCAACUAUCCCACAAGCGAGCCGCCUCAACAAUAUUCUUAACAGGUCACUUGAUGGUUCUCCUCGGAGCAGCGAGGACCAGUCGCCGUUGUACCUGCACUCGUCCAAGUGCAGCUCGUGCGGUUCUCGAUCCCCGCAGCAUUCGGAAAUGUGCCUUCAUACCCCCGGAUCCAACUUUGGAGAAGAAAUGGGGGAAACCCAGUCAGAAUAUUCAGAUUCCAGUUGUGAAACCCGGUCUUUUUUCUGCAAAGAGUGCCAGUGCCCGUUCUCGGAAGAGGCCGCAUUCAAGAAACAUUCCCUGCAAACGCACAGUGACAAACCCUACAAGUGUGACCGUUGCCAGGCCUCGUUUCGCUACAAGGGGAACCUAGCCAGUCACAAAACCGUGCACACAGGCGAGAAGCCCUACCGUUGCGGCAUCUGCGGGGCGCAGUUCAACCGUCCGGCCAACCUCAAGACUCAUACGCGGAUCCACUCCGGGGAGAAGCCUUACAAAUGUGAAACAUGUGGAGCCCGCUUCGUACAGGUGGCUCACCUCCGAGCGCACGUCCUCAUCCACACCGGGGAGAAGCCGUACCCGUGCGAAAUCUGCGGUACCCGUUUCCGACACCUCCAGACCCUCAAGAGUCACUUGAGAAUCCAUACCGGAGAAAAACCCUACCAUUGUGAAAAGUGCAACCUGCACUUCCGACACAAGAGCCAACUCCGCCUGCACCUCCGGCAGAAACACGGCGCCAUCACGAACACCAAGGUGCAGUACCGCCUGUCGCCCGUCGACGCUCCCCCGGAACUCUCCAAGGCGUGUUGAGGACUAGCGGCACGAAACGGCGGACGUAGCCAAGAGGCUCCUUCCGGGGAAAGGGCGGGCAAGGAUGUGCAAAGGAUGCUUCGAUCACUUUAGGAAAAAACAAAACCCGUUGUCGUUCUUGCUGUCUGUGUUGUCGUUGUCGUUGUUACA